AUGAAGAUUCAUAUUAAAACUUCGACUGGAACUGGACGAACUUACAGCUUCGAUGUGGAGCUAUCAGCGACAGUUCAAUGGCUGAAACAACUUCUUCAUGAAAAGACAGGUAAUAAUGAAGACUUACAAACAGUAUGUCUUACGUUCAACGGUGAACUACUCGAAGAUGAUGAGAAAACGCUUCUGGAUUAUGGUAUACAAGCAGAUUCUCGGCUACAAUUAGUUGAUUUAAGUGUCAGUGGUCGGGGUGAUUUAGGUUUUAUGGAAUUGGAAUUUGUCGAUGUUAGCAAUAGCACGGGUUUGAAACAAACACAGUGGUCCAAAACAGCCCCAAGGUGGCGAGUUUGUCCACCCGGUUUAUGUCUUGAAGGUACAUGCACAAAUCACCAAUGUGAAGCUCACAAUCUACGUGUUAUUGUGCCAAUUGGUUAUAAGAAAUUUGAUAUUUUAGUCGAUGCAGAUGAAACAACAAUAAAAUGCCCUCUCUGUAAGCAGUAUGUUGAACCAAAGACAUGCAGUUUUAACAACUGUUGGUGGAGAUACAAGGGGAUUAAACAGGAUGAAGUUGGUAAAGGUAAACCACCAAAGAAAUGUUCAAGUGAUUGGAAACGAGCUGGUAAUGCACAUCAUUAUUUUGAUGAACAAACAAGUGAAAUGAUUAUAUGGAAGCAGCUAAUACUCGAAGCUGUUAAAGACAAACCCUUGCAUUAG